CACAUGAGAAUCCACACAGGAGAGAAACCAUACGGAUGCUCAGUCUGUAAGAAAUAUUUUUCACGGAGUGGAAAUUUAAAGGCACACAUGAGAGUCCACACAGGAGAUAAACCAUUCAGCUGCUCAGUCUGUAAGAAAACGUUUUCACUGAAUAUGAAUGUAAAGUCACACAUGAGAAUCCACACAGGAGAGAAACCAUACAGAUGCUCAGUCUGUAAGAAAGAUUUUUCACAGAGUGGAAGUUUAAAAAAACACAUGAGAAUCCACACAGGAGAGAAACCCUUUAGAUGCUCAGUUUGUACCAAAUCUUUUGCAUUGAGUCAAAGUUUAAAAAAACACACGAGAAUCCACACAGGAGAGAAACCAUACGGAUGCGCAGUCUGUAACAAAUAUUUUUCACAGAUUGGAGGUUUAAAGGAACACACGAAAAUCCACACAGGAGAGAAACCCUUUAGCUGCUCAUUUUGUACCAAAUCUUUUGCAUUUAGUGCCAGUUUUAAAAAACACAUGAAAAUCCACACAAGAGAGAAACCAUACAGAUGCUCAGUCUGUAAGAAACCUUUUUCACAGAGUGGAGGUUUAAAGGAACACAUGAGAAUCCACACAGUAGAGAAACCAUACAGCUGCUCAGUCUGCAAGAAAGCUUUUUCACAGAGUAGAGGUUUAAAGACACACAUGAGAGUCCACACUGGAGAGGAAAUAUACAGCUGCAAUGUUUGUGACAAAAGAUUUCAAUGGCAUGGUUAUUUGAAAAGACACAAGUGUGUUGGUCGUCAGUUCUCACAGCUUAAUGAAAUUCAAACUAAGGAUAACAGAGAGGCAGAGCCUGCAAUCAGCAGCUCAGUUGAACACAUGGAAAAAGAAGCUGAUGGAGAGGACAAUGAAUAAGUCUUAUGACAGCUCACACAUGAGAAAAAUCUGUCUGACUGAAUUAACAUUGUCGCACAACAUUCAUAUAAGACUUAAGUGAACUCUUAAUCAACAUAAGUGGACAAUAUGUUUAAUGUUUUUGUCAUACUGAUUUUCUGAGUUAUACGUUCACCACUGACUGUUGAUGAACCAUUUUAUUUUGGAUUGAGGGCUCCAAGUUUCCAUAUAGAGAUAUACGAUGAUUUGAUGUAUUGUUCUUUAUUUCUAAAUGUUUUGUAUCAUUGCUAUCCUGUUAAUGAGCCCUGUUUUACAUAAAUGUACCUGUUAUCUGAUUGUUUAUUGUUUUUGCUUCUGUGACUGUAAGGGAAGUAGGGCUGCACGAUAUAUCAUGUCGUGACGAUAAUCGCGUUAUGCGCAUGCGCGAUAUUCAAAUCGCAGGAUGAUUUUUUUUUAGGAUGUGCGAUAAUAAGUAGGCAAAUGAACUCAAACACGUCAUGUUACAAUUAUUUUGCUGCUUGCUACAAAAGGAAAACUCACGCGGCUCUCA